AAAAAUGAAGACUUUGACCACGAAUCCGAAACCGAAGGUGAGUUUUUAGAACCCGUAGAAAAGAAGUCUAAAUCUCAAGUCAAGCAAGAUGAAAUUAUUGCCAGAGAACUACAAUCUCAAUUUAAUAAUGAAUGUAAUGAUACCAUUAAUAUCACUUCCGAGAACGAAGAUGCGUCAAUUGCUACAGAGAACGAGGUAUUGGUGCAACUGGCUGAAGAAACUACUUGUUCGACUGCUGUUUUAUCUGAAGAUGACCAAAGAAAUGCUGAUUUAAAAGAAACACCUGAAGAAAAUAGGAAUUACCAAAAUAUUGUUGAUAUUGUGAAAGACUUGCCGAGGAAGUUGAUCAAUCUGAACAGUUCUUUUUUGUUAUCAGGAGGGGAAGCACUUUACAACGCCAACUGA